AGCAGAGAGGUCGCCAUGAUUCAUUUGUAGUUGUAAUCAUUCACUGCACUUAACCUAACAUGGUUUAACGUACCGGUCGUAGAAUUCUGCAGGUCAAGAAUCGACGAUAUAAUUUAUUUUUGAGCUUAUUACACUAUUUAUCAAUUAAAAGUGACACCCACAAAUAAGAUGAAUCGUCUCGAAGUUGCUUGUAUUUUAUUAGUUUGUGCAAUUUCCGCAAUUUCUGGCGAAACUUGCCAGAAACCAGAGGUUGUCGCGUCUGCAUAUGUCACGGAGGACGCAACUAUUCUGACAAACGUUGCAUUCACGACACAAUUUGUGCUCAAGUGUAGCAACGGCGUGAAAGGUAUCACGUUGUACGCAGAAGUCGAAGGAAAAUCACUGCCUGCUGCUAGAUUAAGCUCCGAUAACAAGUACCAGGUUUCUUGGACAGAAGAUGUGAAAAAAGCACGUUCCGGAGAUUAUAGAAUAAACUUGUAUGAUGAAGAAAGAUACGCAGCUAUACGUAAAGCUGUUAGAAAUGGGGAGGACCCCAGCACUGUGAAACCUUUGGUUGUAGUAGUGCUUAAUAAUCCAGGAGUUUAUCUUGGACCAUGGGUUAAUUCGGAACUCCUUGCUGCUCUUUUAGCAGCCUUAGUUACUUAUUCUGCUUUCUCUUCCAAAUACAAGCUUCUAGCUUGAACAUUCUCUUUAUAUAAUUAAUUUUUCAAAUAAAUUAUUGUA